UAUAUAUAGUAAGAAUACAUCCACCGACUCCCUAUCUACAUCUUCUCAAUCUUCAUUGUUACUUUGCCCAACUAUUUUCUUCUCGACAUUCAUUUCAUUUCUAUCACAAACCAACAACUUUCACAACCAUGGAAAGAUUAGCAGCAUUUUUCGUUGUUUGCUUACUCUCUGCAUCAAUUUCUUCUGCCACUUCCAUCGGCAACCCUCUCCUUGUCGAAGGAAAAGCUUACUGUGACACUUGCCACUGCGGUUUUGAAACCCCUGCCACCAAGUACCUCGCCGGCGCAAAGGUUAAAAUUGAGUGCAGGCAUAGGGUGACGGAAGCACAGACUUACAAUGCUGAAGGUGUGACCAACUCUAAAGGAGAAUAUAAUAUCUUGGUUAACAGUGACCGUGGUGAUGAUGUCUGCGAUGCAUAGGCGAACCCACGUGAUCCAUGUGCACCCAAUAACUUUUUAAAAAAAUCGUAUAUAUAUAUGUAUAAAUACUGUAAAAAAAUUGGUAAUAUAUCAAAUCGUGCACCCAUAAUAUCAAAGUUUAUCUGGGUGCACUUGUUCAGAGAUCAUA